AAUACUUUAUUCUAUAGAGACGUUUUGUUAUGCAGACUAGUUCGGCUAAAAUAUCCCCCUGGCAACGCAGCUCUGGGCAAAGAAUCACCGGGACAAAUAGCAGCGGGCAAGCGGGCAGUUUUUGAGUCAUUCAACCCGUCCAAACGUUAAGAGUCAGCCUUGCCAAAUAAACCACCGCGGGACUCGAGGGACGCAUGUCCUGAGGUAAAUUACCUCCGAAGCCUCUAAAGCUAACGGCCCUCGAUGCGCUUAACCGGAGACACGGCCGUUCACACGCCUCCUUUCGCACAUUAAAUAGCUCCAUAAUCUGCCAUAACCUGGUGCUGCUACUGAGAGACUCUCUCACACACACGGAGAUUUGACUUUUUGUGGAUGAUUGAACUUUCUCACUAGGUCUUUGGAUAUAUAUCAUAGCCACCGACUGCAUUUACACACCGAGUGUGUCGUUUACUUGUCCUUUUUGGGAUAUACGCUCGUCUUAUUUCUAGUCUAACGCGUCUAAGCUGGUUUUAGUCCAGUCCAGCCGCGAAUUUCCCAGUACUAGAGACCGUGAAGGCGGCGGAGAGCAUCAUGAGCCAGGCGGAGAUCUCGACGUGCUCGGCGCCGCAGAGAGUCUUCCAGGAGGCGGUGAAGAAAGGCAACACGAAGGAGCUCCAUUCACUGCUGCAGAACAUGACCAACUGCGAGUUUAACGUUAAUUCGUUUGGUCCCGAGGGACAGACAGCGCUGCAUCAGUCGGUCAUCGACGGGAAUCUGGAGCUCGUUAAGCUGCUGGUGAAGUUCGGAGCCGAUAUACGGCUGGCGAACCGGGAGGGCUGGAGCGCGUUGCACAUCGCCGCUUUCGGAGGACACCAAGACAUCGUGUUAUACCUCAUCACCAAGGCCAAGUACUCCUCCGGCGCGCGGUGAUCCGGUAGAAGCACACGGAAAGACCGGGCUCGUUUCAUCCUAGCGUUGUGAUCUGCCAAGCUCGAGUUCCCUUGUACCUUAAAACCAAAUGAGGGCUGUAGCCUUUUUCUUUCCCGUGUCAGAUCUGGCGAUGAGAGGAACUGAAACGCAUGCUGUUUGGGACGUGCGUUGGUACUAUAGCUUUUUAUCGAAUGUUGAAGUCAUCAGAUCUGGACUGUGUGGCUUUACCAGGGCUUGACCUGUUGACCUGUCCCCCUGGAGAAACCGAGAUAGCACUUGAUGCUGUGGCUGAAUGCUGGAAUAGUUGAAAGAGGUGAACUCCGGAAUGAUGGCCAUCCUCUGUUUUGGCUAAACACUGUCUUUUAAUACGAACCGUAAGUCGUUUCAUCAAUCAAAUCGUGUGGCAUUGGUGACCAGUGCUGAAUUAUGUCAUCGAAAUAACAAGUGACUUAUUCUUAAGUACUGUACACAUAGCUUUACUGUGUUUUUCUCUGUAGUCUAUUGGGCUCUGCCUUCACCUAGCAGACGGCUUCCACACAGCUUUCAGGCCAGCGCGACCCAUGUCAAUGGUUAACGUGUUACUAAAAACCGCUGCUUUCGCAAUGUUUUUUUUUUUUUUUUUUUUUAUCAAAACGUCAGGAAAGUCGCCUUUGGGACACACUUUAUAAUCUUCUUUCAGUAUUUUGAAUUAACACCCUGGUCAUCACUGUGAAUACAGGCUGGGUUUGUCUUUUUAUUUAUGAAGGUACAUUAAGAUGAUGCAUUUAAAUUAUGUUGUGGUUAUUUUUUUAAGACUAUAGCCUAAGUGUAAAAGUAUGUAGGGUGACCUAAAGCUGCUUCGGACUUGUUACAGGCUAAACUGUCCCGUGUGGAGAUUCCGCGCCACGGCCACCCACGUGUAGCCUACACCUUUUUUUUUUCCCGGGAAAUGCGUCCCCUUCCACUUUUAUUCUAGUUCUCUGCAUCAGCUACCUCGACUUGAAAGUAUUCGACAAUAUCAUAUGCUCUCUUUCUCAAGCCUUCUACAUAACUGUGCUCAGUUACCCACUAGUGCUCGUUUUUUUUUAUCCAACAGAAUCAGUUGGAACUGCUUGGGUCAUUUUACUUGAUGUUUUUUUUUUUCACCUCAGUCUUAUUUUUAUUUUUAGUUCUUUGCAAUCUUCACUCGGGACAAUUUAUCUCCUUGAACCAAAAUUAAGAUCCAUUGGUUAUUCAAACAAUAUUUUUCUUUCGCCAAGCAUGGUUGACACAUUAUAUAUAUAUAUAUAUAUAUAUAUAUAUAUAUAUAUAUAUAUAUAUAUAUAUAUAUAUAUAUAUAGGUGUUAUUUCAACCAACUGCUUCAUUUAUGCAUUGUCAUUUUUGGUUUCUAUUGUAGUUACGAAAAGUGUAAUGCAUUGCAUGACUAUUAAAUGCAGGGAGUUUUGUUGCACAUAAAUGUGGAGCCUUUUACGCCCCUUGGUGCCUGGUCGGGUAACUGCAGGAGCUGAGGCUUAUCAAUAGUUACUACUGAGCAGGACUGUACGAACAUUGAACAUUGAGAAGACUAUGACUUCUGUUGCAGGAAACAUCGACAGAUUCGUUCAGAAAAGACUGCCUGCCGCCUUUAAGAGUCAUGGCACCUGAUGUUUGUUUCAAUGCUGCUUUUAUGUCAUUUUUUUUUCUUGAUACAAUGGCCAACGGUGAGUGAAUGAGGAGAAAUAUCAGUUAGAUCCAUUUUUUGUUGUUGUUUUUGCGAGAAGCCCCAUGCAGUUGUGUGUGAUUGUACUCCUGUCUUGCCACAGUCCAGUGGCGUUGCUGAUGUUUCCAGCCCCCGUCGCUCUACCUGGUUAACCAACCGGGAACUCCUCGUACACCUGGAGAUGCAAUCGAUGUGAUUCUCACGAUCAUCUGUUCGACUGGUAUAGGCAGAACAAAUAAGCAUCGCUUGUCUUAAACUUGAUAUUUUUACACUUGUUGAAAAUAUUGCACUGAUGACUGUUGUUUAUUUGUUGACUUCGGGUCAACAUUACAUUUUUUCUAAAUAGAAAAAAGGAACACAACAAAAUACUAUUGUAUAAAAAAAAGCUCCAGGUUAUAUUGUCUUUGUUUGUGCGUUACAUUGUAUAACAUUACGUUUGCAAAGAUGUUUGUUCUCUGUGAUCGUGUGUGUGUAUACAUAUAUAGUAUAUAUAUAUAUAUGGAUAUAUAGAUGCUGAUAUCUCGGAGCACUUACUUAUUUGAAGUGCUCUCCUCCUGAUGUUAAUAAAGGGGAAUAAUACUUGUGAUGGUAAGAUCAUUGUAACAAAUAUAAAUUGCACGAUGUAUAGUUGUUUUACCCCACCGUUUGUCAUAACAUUUAUGACAUUGGGGUUAAAUGACUGGAUGGGUGUAUAUGAAUGAGUAAAAGUGCUGUUGUAUUUUUUUUCUUUUCUUUUGUUUUUGUGGACCAAGUUAUUCUUAAUCUUGUGUCUCCAGCGAGUGAUGCGAAUGUUCCUUUGUGCUGACUCCAGCUUUUCUUUUCUUUUGUUUGUGCAUCUGUUUUGUUUGUAAUUUUUUGAACAUUUGUAACACUGUGAUUCAUGUGCGGUGAGAAUAUGAGUGCUGUAAUAUUUUUAUGUAUGUGUGUGUGUUCAAGCCAGUAAAGAAAUAAUUAAACCUUC